GAAGGAUGGUUUAUUGGUGACUUUGGAAUGAGUGAGACUCUAGAAAAAGAUCAAACUGAUCAAAAAAUAUAUGGGAAUCUUCCUUACGUUGCGCCAGAAGUUUUACGUAAAGAAAAUUAUACAGCAGCAUCCGACAUAUAUAGCAUGGGAAUAAUUAUGUGGCAACUUGUAACUCAACAAAAGCCUUAUGGCGCUAAUUAUAAUGAAAUUGGUCUUGAACUGGCAAUUGUCAAUGGAUAUCGUCCACACGAAAUAUUUGGAAUUCCAGAUGAUUAUAAAUAUGUGAUGGAAAAAUGUUGGGCUGAAGAUCCUUCACAACGACCAGAUUUAUUUGAUCAAGAAAUCAGUUUUUCUAUUUCUUCAGAAUGCUCGUCAAAUAAUGAAAAUGGUUACAAAGCUAAUGAAAUUGAGCUUACAAAUACAAACAAUGAUG